GUAUACCACGCUCGCUCGUUCAAUCCGGUCCUGCGCAGCAGGCUCUCUGGUAUACGCACACGUACACGCACACGCACACGCACACGCACACACACACACACACUCGUCUCUCCCGCAAUCGUUUGCUGUACGACGCGACAUGGUCGACAUCAUCGUGCGCCACGGCCGCCGACCGGAGGCAGCAGCACAAGCGUUGUGGUGAACGCGCCCCCCGCGACAUUCGGUGAAGACGACCGCCGCGCCGCCGUCAGUCGCCACUCGUCGACGCCGCCGCGCAGUGUUCGUCCAUUCAGUGUGCGAUCGUCCGCCUUUGCCGACGGUACUCGACCGUUGUAGUAGUAACCGCUGUGGUCGUGUGUCAGUGUUUGCUCACCGCUCGCGACAACUGCACGAGUGCAGAGAUCGCGCGCACUGCCGCAAGUCGCGUAUUACCGUUUCGAUAUAAAAUAAUAUAUAUAUUUUUUUUUUAUUUUCAUCGUCGGCAAAAUCGUUGAAUUUUAAUUCAGUUUUUUUUUACGCGACGACGCAUUGCUAAACGGGGAAAAAAUAUUUAUUUUUUUUCCUCCACCUCGCUCGAACGCGUGUAGACUUUGAAUUUAUUUUAUUUUUAUUAAUUUUUUUUUUUUUGUGCGUUUUUGUUAUUUUUUCACCGAUUACGUGCGACGUGUUCUUUGGAUCGCAACGAUUCGUAAUUUUUCGCUACACAAUACACGUUUAAUAAUAAAUACACAUUAAUCGCAACAUGGUACCUAAACAAGAAACGAUCCGCAUCAUCGACUCCUCGUCGGAUAACACGUUGGCCCAGCCGAUGUUUGGCUCGCAAUUGGUUGACGAAAAUUCGCCGACGCCGUACUCCGAUGCAACACAGACGAAAAAGAAUAAUCCAAACCACAUCAAGAGGCCAAUGAACGCGUUUAUGGUGUGGUCACAGAUUGAGAGGCGUAAGAUAUGUCAUCAGCAACCGGACAUGCACAACGCGGAGAUAUCGAAAAAGCUCGGUAUGCUGUGGAAAACGCUAACGGAUGAACAGCGAAAACCGUUCAUCGAAGAGGCCGAGACGCUGAGACUGAUGCACCUUAAAGAAUAUCCGGACUACAAAUACAGGCCGCGCAAGAGGACGCCAAAGAACAUCGGUGGUACCGGUAACGCGGUCACCACGACCACGCCGGUCACGAUCGCCAAGACCACCACAUCGGCAGCGGCUCAGUCGAAAUUCCGGAAGAACAUGUGCAAAAAGUUCGGCAACACCGUGACCGUGUCCAGUCGUGUCGCUUCCGCCAUCAGUUCCGGUACGGUGCACGUGGUUGAGAACAGGACCUCCGCGGUCUCGUCGUCGACGUCGUCGCUCCUUCAAGACAACACAACUUCGUCGUCUUCGUCGUCGUCGACAACGUCUUCGAAGUCCUUCGUCCGGCGCAACGGCAUCAUACAGGUGAACAGGAUGAGCCCGGUGAACACGGACCGGUUAAAGUAUCACUUCACCAUCGACACGGCCAAGGACACGGCUGAGGUGCGCGUACCCGCCUCGGUGCACGCCAAGGUGCCGACCAGCCCGACGUGCGACUCGCCAAACUCGCCGGAGAGCGCCACGUUCUACGACGAUUCGCCGCUGUCGUGCUUUGAAGUCGUCAAGCCGCUCAAAAUCAAGUUGCUCAACACGCUCAACACGUCGGCCACGAUCACAGUGCUGGCCGACGUGGACGACGACGACAACGAGGACGGCGACAGCAGCUCCGGCACCGCCAACGCCAACGCUAUGUUGCUCAGUCCCGGGUCGGCCGCGUCGCUCAUGUCCGCCCGGCAAAUCGACCAGCAGCUCCACCAAAACCACAACCUAAACAACCACCUGAGCAAUCAGUCGGCGGCCGAUCUGCUCGCCCGGAACCUGAUGAAGGACGAUCACCUGCUGGUCAAGGCCGAACCCGCGCGCGCGUCGCCGUCCGCCGUCGCCCAGUCGUCGUACUUCUCCGUCAAACAGGAACCGAUGGACUCGAUGGACUCGAUGGACCCAUCGGAGUCGGCCGCGCUGGGCCGCGUCGGCGAGAACCCAUCGCUGGCCGACCUCGAGUGCCUGGACGACCUCAUCCAGAUGCCGUCCGACUUCAAGAUGGACAUCGAUUGCCUGUCGUCCGACAUGGACAGCGGUUCCGUCCGGCAGGGCUCACACCUCGAGUUCACUUGCACGUCCGACAUGACCGACAUACUCUCACACAUGGGCGUGACCGCCGACUGGGAGGAUGUGCGGGGCAUCAUCAACGACUGCUAAAAAGGUGCUGCACACACGGCCGAGAGGAGAAGAAGAACGCGCCGCUAGCCCCCCAAAAAAAUUACUCCUCCCCCCCACCGCCAAACCCGCCGCCGGAAUCGUCGUCGUCGUUCGCCGCCACUACUACCCCGUAAAAAACAUACACACACACAAAUUGAAUACAAAAACAUGAGGUCCUCUGCUGUGAUUGGUUAUAUAUAUAUUAUUAUUUUUUUUCAAAGUUAAUUUAUUCAUUUUAUUACGUUUUUCUCUUAAUUUUUUUUUUCGUAUUAUGUUAUAUUUAUUCUACCUAUACGUACGCUUGCAAGUAUGUAUGUAUUGUAUGCGUGUAUGUUUAUAUGUAUUAUAUAGACAUAGAUAUGUAUGAAAAUCUAUAUACCGCAGAAAAAAAAAA